ACAAGCUCCCCGUUCGGCUCUUUGCUCGCGCAAAGAUUCCAGAAACCCUAGCGCCUCUACCACGUUAUCUCCCUCGGAUCCAUACCUGUUUCUCACUUAAUUCGGCAAUAAAUCAGGUAAUUGUUCUCAUUUUUCCUCUAUUUUGCCGUCGCUCGAUAAAUUUCACAAUAUAGAAGCCAGUACACACGCGGUCUCUGCUACGAUCCAAAGGCAAACCCUAGCCUGAUUUUAAUGCCACGUACUUGAUCUCUCCUAUUGAAGAAGCAGACAUGCUCGGCCCAAUACUUACUCUUCCGGCUCCGCCCUCCGAUGGUGACCUUGGACCGAUUCCCCUGUCACAAGUCAGCGAAGAUUCCAGGGAUGAAAAGGGCAACUCCGUCCCUGAGCCGCCCGCACCACCUCCGUCUUCGGUCGCCACUCACACCCGUACGAUCGGAAUUAUUCACCCUCCCCCAGAUAUUCGUAUGAUCAUUGAGAAGACAGCGGCCUUCGUUGCUAAAAACGGCCCUGAAUUUGAGCGGCGCAUUCUUGCCAACAAUGCUGGCAAUGCGAAGUUCAACUUUUUGAUUCAGUCUGAUCCUUACCAUGCUUACUACCAGCAUCGGGUUUCAGAGCACCGGAUUCAGGUUCAAUCUUCCCAGCAAACGUCAUCCGACACUCCCCAGCCAGCCGAGCCUGGUUCAACUACUUCCUCGGCUGUCACAGCUGCACAGCUUGCAGUGGAUGAUGGCGAUACAGCAAAGCCAACUGAUUUGGCUGUGCAAUUUCUGAUUCCUCCAAGAAAGGUGCUUGAGCCGCCUGAAGCUGAGCAGUAUACUGUUCGUCUUCCUGAAGGAAUCACUGGAGAGGAAUUGGAUAUUAUUAAGCUUACGGCCCAAUUUGUUGCUAGAAAUGGGAAGUCAUUUCUGACAAACCUUACGAGCCGUGAGAUUAGCAACCCCCAGUUUCAUUUUCUGAAACCAACGCACAGCAUGUUCACUUUCUUCACUGCUUUGGCUGAUGCUUAUUCAAAGGUUCUGAUGCCACCCAAAGGGAUUAUUGAUAAGCUGAAUAAAAGUGUUACUGAUAUGACGACUGUUCUUGAGCGUUGUUUGCAUCGAGUUGAAUGGGAGAGGUCGCAGGAGCAAGCAAGACAGAAGGCUGAGGAUGAGAUCGAGCAGGAGAGGGCACUGAUGGCAAUGAUUGAUUGGCAUGAUUUUGUUGUGGUGGAGACAAUUGAGUUUGCUGAUGAUGAGGAUGAGGAACUUCCAGUGCCACUGACACUGGAGGAGGUUAUAAGGAGGAGCAAGAUUUCAGGUUUGGAUGAGGAAGCUCCAAUGGCAGGUGUUGAGCCUGCUAAGGAUAUGGAGAUGGAGAUGGAUGAGGAGGAGAUGCAGCUUGUUGAGGAAGGCAUGAAAGCAGCGAGAAUAGAUAACAAUGGUCUUAUUGAUGAGAAAAAGGGUGAAACCAAGGUGCAGACAGAUGAACCUGAUGCUCCAAUGAGGAUUGUUAAAAACUGGAAAAGACCUGAAGAAAGAAUUCCUGCGGAGAGGGACCCUACUAAAUUUAUGAUUUCACCAAUCACAGGAGAACUGAUUCCUAUUAGUGAGAUGGCCGAGCACAUGCGAAUAUCCCUCAUAGAUCCAAAAUACAAGGAACAAAAGGAGCGGAUGAUGGCAAAGAUCCGGGAGACAACUCUUGCUGCAGAUGAUGAGAUCUCUCGAAAUAUUGUCGGACUUGCACGAACACGUCCAGAUAUCUUUGGAACCACAGAAGAAGAAGUAUCAAAUGCUGUCAAGGCUGAGAUUGAAAAGAAGAAGGAUGAACAACCAAAACAAGUGAUAUGGGAUGGACAUACUGGAAGUAUUGGAAGAACUGCAAAUCAGGCACUUUCUCAGAGCCUGUCCAAUGAAGAGAUCACCGAUUCCAAUAACAAUGAUGGGAGGAAUCUUCCAGGUCCUGCUCCUCCUCCAAAACCGGGCACUCCAUUAAUUCGUCCACUCCCUCCUCCACCUGGGUUGGCUUUGAAUCUUCCUCGGUUCCCUCCAAAUGUUUCAGCAUACUCAGCUCCUACAAACGCUCCUCCACCACCUAGACCUCCUGUUUCAGUACUUCCAUCAAUGAGGCCACCCCUUCCACCUAUGCCGGUUACUUCAACUCAGCAAUCUCUUGUAAUGAAUAGACCCCCAAUGCUCCAGCCCAUUUCUGUUAAUCCACCAAAUAUACCUGUACCUCCUCCACCAGGAUCUCAGUUUAAUCCUUUGGGUGUUCCGAGACAUUUUGCUCCAAUGCCUAUUCCACCACCAAACAUGCCAAUGGUUCCUCCACCACCUCUUCCUCUAGGAAUGCCUCCACCUCCACCUCCUGAGGAAGCUCCUCCUCCACUUCCUGAUGAACCAGAGCCCAAGAGGGCAAGAAUGGAUGAUACUACACUUAUCCCGGAAGAGCAGUUCCUUGCACAGCAUCCGGGUUCUGCUCGUAUUUCUGUAUCAGUUCCUAAUGUUGAUGAAGGAAGUUUUAAAGGUCAAAUUUUGGAAAUUAUUGUCCAGUCACUUUCUGAGACAGUUGGAAACUUUAAGGAGAAGAUUGCAGGAGAGAUUCAGUUGCCGGCUAAUAAGCAAAAACUAAGUGGGCGGGCUGGUUUUCUUAAGGAUAAUCUUACACUUGCUUAUUACAAUAUUGUUCCUGGAGAAACCUUAACUCUAGCAUUAAGGGAGCGUGGUGGAAGAAAGAGAUGAACAACUAUUGUGGCUGUCUGAAGAUACUGCUAUCCGGAUCUGACUACAUUGAAGCUCUUCUGGAGGGCAGUUGUACACUAAAAAAACAUGUUGGCUGUAUUUGAACUUUAGUUGGCAUGUUCCUGUCCUCUGUUUUUCACUGC